CGCCGGGAUGCUCCGGGACGCGCGCGCUCGGCCCCGCGGCCGCGGCCGGGGCUCGGCUUGACGGCGGUCGCGGCGACCCGGGCCUGGCGCCGGCCCACGGCUGACGACAGCGGCGGCCCCGCCGGUUUCCAUGGAGACGGGCGGGCGCGGCGGCGGGGCUGUCAGCGCGCGCGGCGGCGGCGGGGCUCGCGCGCCCGCGGGGGGCUGCAGGAGGAAGGCGGCGGCCGGGCCCGGGGCCCUCGCGGCGGCCGACAUGGACUUGCCUCGCGACGGCGCCGCCGACACGCCGGCCGCCGAGCCGCCGCCGUCGGGGAGGAUCAACAAGGCGGCGUUCAAGCUGUUCAAGCGGCGGAAAGCCGGCGGCCCCAUGCCCAGCAUCUUCGGGGUCAGAAACAAAGGCGACGGCGGCAGGGGCUCGGCGGCGCCCGCGGGCCUGGCGCGCAGCAAGACCCACGACGGCCUGGCCGAGGUGGCGGUGCUGGAGGGCGGCAGGAAGGACGAGCCGCGCGGCGGGGACGGCGGCGACGGCCCCGUGGCCAAGUCGCACAGCUUCCUGUCGCUGCUGCGGAGGAGCGCGCGGCCCGAGGCGGGGCGGCCGGGCGAGCCGGCGGCCGCGGGCAAGGCGGGCGGCAGACAAAAGCGCGGGCUCCGGGGGCUCUUCGGCGGCGUGCGCUGGCCCCGGAGGGACAAGCAGCGCGGCCCCGCCGCGGCGGCGGCGGCGGCGGCGCCCGCGGCCGGCGCCCCGCGCGGCCUCGCGCCGCCCGGCUCGCUCUCCGCCAGCCUCGAGUGCGUGCCCGAGGAGCCGGGCCGGGCCCCGCGCUCGCCCGAGCCGCCGGGCCCCGCGGACGGCCCGCGCCAGCCAGCAGGUGAGCUCGCGGGGGGAGACGCGGCGCCGGCCGCCGCCGAUCGCGCCCCCCGGCGGACACGGCCGGGCGCCGCCGCCGCCGCCGCCGCCGCGGGGAGCCCCGGGAGCGCGCCCGCCGCCGCCGCCGCCGCCGCCGCCGCCCGCACCCGGGGAGACGCCGCUGCCGCCGCCGCGGGAACGGGGCGCGGGCGAGCCGACGAGGCCCGGGCGCCGCCGGAGCGGGGCGCGCCGGCGGGGCCGCUGCCGCCGGCCGAGGACGCGCCGAGGAGCGGGGCGGCGCCGGCGCCCGCCGAGCCAGCGGCCGAUCGGCUCGGGCUCCUGUUCUCUGACGUGACUUCACUGAAAAGCUUUGACUCUCUUACAGGCUGCGGCGAUGUCAUUGCAGAGCCCGAGGACGAGGCGGGCCCCAGCGGCCAGCAGCGCGCCGCCGGGCCGGGGAAGCCGCGCGCGCUGCCCAAGACCCCCGGCGCGGCGGCCUUCCAGGGCGGCGGCGAGGAGAUGGCGAGCCCCGAGCAGGUGGACGACACCUGUCUGCAGGAGUUCUGGGACAUGCUGUCGCACACGGAGGAGGAGGAGGAGGAGGAGGUCGAGAAGCGGGGCGUCCCGGCGCGGGAGGCCAAGGCGGCGGCCCAGGACAGCCGGCCGGGCCCCGAGCGCCCCGGAGACGCGCGCGGCGCGGACGCUCCCAAGGACGCGGCGGCGUCCAGCAAGCGCCGGAAGCUCAGUCGCAGCCCCGCGGAGCUCCAGCCCGGCGAGGAGCCCCCGACGCCCGGCGAGAAGCCGCAGCCGGCCGUCCCCUACGGCGACGAGGGCCACCGGGACUCCAGCCCGCCUGGGGGCCCGGAGGCAGACCCCGCGGGCGGCGGGAAGCGGUCCCCACCCCGGGACGGCGGCGGCGGCGACGCGCUCCUCGACGGCGGCCCCGCUGCGCCCCCUGCCGACCACGACGCGGCGCCCUGCGCGGCCCGCCGCAAGCCCGGCUCGCCCGUGGCGGUGGCCGGCCCGCUGCGCACGCCGGGCAGCCUGCCCAAGGACUCCAGGAUCCCCAUCAGCAUCAAGCACCUCUCUCACCUGCCCGCCGCGCCCCCCGCGGCGCCCCCGCCGGCGCGCAGCGAGCUGCCCAGAACGAAAAUCCCCGUGUCCAAAGUGUUGGUCCGUCGGGUCAGCAGCCGGGCCUUGGCGGGGUCCGCCCUCCGGGCCACAGCUUGCCACGACGGUGCCAAAAAGUUGUGAGCGUUCGGGAGGAACCGCCUGGCCAGCAACGCGACGCUCUCCGCAG